AUGACAGAGGGAGUGAUCCACCCACCUGGACGGCACAGACUCCGCUUGCAUCGGAGGCGGAAACAGACGUUAACCUCCACUAAAAGGAGGGAGAGCAAUAGCCAGAGAGAUAGAGAGCAGGGGAUUCGUUCCCUUCUCUCUCUCUCGACCCAUCCCGGCAUCAGGCUGGCCGGCUCAGCCGUGGCAUUCACCUUUGCGGCCUUCUGCUACAUGCUCACCUUGGUGCUGUGCGCGGCUCUUAUCUUCUUUGUCAUAUGGCAGAUCAUUGCAUUUGAUGAGCUUCGCACGGACUUCAAAAACCCCAUUGAUCAGAGCAAUCCCACCAGAGCGAGGGAAAGGAUUCUCAACAUUGAAAGAAUCUGCAACCUGCUCCGCAGAUUGGUGGUACCAGAGUACUCCAUCCACGGGCUCUUCUGCCUGAUGUUCAUGUGUGCUGGAGAGUGGGUCACACUUGGCCUAAAUAUCCCGCUGCUCUUCUACCAUCUGUGGAGGUUCCUUCAUCGGCCAGCUGACGGGUCAGUGGUCAUGUACGACCCUGUCAGUGUGAUGAACGCAGACAUUCUCAAUUACUGCCAGAAGGAGUCCUGGUGUAAGAUGGGCUUUUAUCUGCUCUCUUUCUUCUAUUAUCUCUACAGUAUGGUCUACGCCUUGGUGAGCUUCUAACAGACAGGAUAUCUGGCCAAAUAAAAGGACGUAUCUGUAAGAAAGACACAGAGGAACAAAUGGGGACAUAAACUCUUCCUCUCUCCAUCCUUGCCAUCACUGGUUUGGGUUUUCAACAGUCUAACCUUGGACAAAACCAGAAGACCAUUCUGAGUGAUAAUGUGAAUGUAAAGGCCUGAACUCGAUAAUACUGUUUCGUCCCAGAUACUGCUGUUUGGACGACUGGACAACGUUUCUAAGGAUUGAAAGAGAAAGAGGACACAGCAGGUGUGUUGCCUUUGACCAAUUAUACGAACUAACAAUAUAUUUCUGAAGGGCUGGAGUUUUCCCAUGCUGCUCUUACUGAUCCAGUCGCUCAACUCACUGUGAAUCUCCUAACACUUAGGGGCUGAAAAACAAAAUAAUAUGUCUGUAUUCAUUGAUUCAAAAUGUACUAAAAGCAGGAUUGUUUUGGUAUCAUUCCGUAUAUUUACCAAGAUGGCCACCUCUAAUUUCAAACUACUGCUUUGAUUGUUUUAUAGGUAUGUAAAACUAUAUCAAGCAAGUGAAAAUGUAUACGGGAGAGAUUGAAAGCACUGUAUGAAAUGCAGAGGGCCUGGCAGGGAAAUAACAGAUUGGUGUGUGCACUUUUAACCACGAUUGAGAUAAAGCAUAGACCACAAAGAGAGGCUGGCAUUAAAGAGAACACAUCUCUUUAAUGCCAGCCUCUGCCAAAAGUCAACUUACACACUGUAACAAAAAUAAGGAAUUAAUCAUAAGUUUGACUGCAAGGGUCAGUGCUUGUAACGUGUAUUCAAAAUAAGUAUGUCCAUUGCUGUAAGGGCACAUUUAAUGCUACAACCUAGGUUCAUGCUUUCCAAAGAGCUUCAUGCUCAGACAUUUAAUGCCAAACGUCUAUGUCUGAAAAAAACAUUGUGCCAAAUUAAAAGUCAAUUAGGACGUGAAAAGAAAACAUGAUGAUGCAGUAUCCUAAUCUACAUGAUAAGGCACUGUCGUGCAUUGUCUUUAUCUUCCUUUCUGUAACACACAUUUCAUUUUGGCAAAAUGUUUUUUUCUUUCUUGAAAAAAAUAGACAAAAAAAGCUUAGUUCUGUUGUAUUUAUAGUGGGCAGGGAGCGCCUUAUCCCUAUUUCCAGUUUAAUCUUUAUCUGCAUUUAUACUAUAAUCAUUUUAGCUCAGCAACUUUUCUCUGAUCCGAGGUAGAAUAUAGAAAUCUUAUGUACAAAAAGCAAUUAAAAACAGCAAACUAGCAAUGUGAUAUGACUAAUAAGACAUAUCGAUGCAGUGUUAUUCAGUGUAUGUAAUAACAGUGUGUGGGACACAAGUGAGACAAUAAUGACUCUGUUUGACAAUGUUUUAGUUAUUUCAGGAGUGUAAAGACAUUGACGUCAUCUCGAUACGUCUACACAAUCACACAGCUUCA